AGCUAGUCAACCACAAGUCCUAUUACUGUACUCUUCAUUAGAAAAAAUGAUGAAUCCUGCUAAAGGGAAUACAUCAUUGCUUCUUCUCUCCCUUCUUCUUGUUUGCCCAAUCUGCACUUCCCUUGACACCAUAACACCAAACCAACCCCUUAAGGAUGGUCAAUUUCUACACUCAAACCAGAAAACCUUUGCACUUGGGUUUUUUAGCCCCGGUAGUUCCAGUCACCGCUACGUUGGAAUUUGGUAUAACCAAAUCUCCGAACAAACCGUUGCGUGGGUUGCAAAUAGAGACACUCCUCUCAAGGAUACCUCUGGAGUCCUCUCCAUCAACGGUAAGGGAAACCUUGUACUUCACACCCAAAACCAAACCACUCCUAUUUGGUCCACCAAUGUUUCUUUUUCUAUCUCAUCCACAAAUAAUUCUAUGGCUAAGCUUUUAGAUAUAGGAAAUCUUGUUUUGGUUCAACAAGAUAGCCAACGUGUUACAUGGCAAAGUUUUGAUUAUCCCACCAAUACUAUGCUUCCGCUUAUGAAACUUGGGCUGGACCGGCGGACCGGGUUGAAUCGGUUCCUAACAUCUUGGAAGUCCAAAGAUGACCCGGGAAUUGGUAACCAUUCAUUUCGAGUGGUUCAAACUGGGUACCCUCAGACGAGCUUAUACAUGGGCCAGACUCUAUUAUGGCGUAUGGGAUUUUGGAAUGGCGUCACAUGGAGCGGUGUACCCCAAAUUGCAUCAAAGUUCUUCAAAGUUAUCUCUGUGAAUAAUCAAGAUGAAAGCACCUGGAUGUACAGUAUUGUUCCAAAUUUACCCACAAAAGUUAUUGUUAAAAUGGUGGUAGAUGAAUCAGGAAUUGUGGAACGAUCCUUAUGGCAAGAGACUACAUGGGUCGAAUAUUGGUCCGCCCCACAAGAGUUGUGCGAUAAGUAUUUGAAUUGCGGUCCAAAUAGUUAUUGUGACCCACACAAUGAGGUCAUUUUUGAGUGCAAGUGCUUUCCUGGAUUUGAACCCAAGUCAUCUCGUGAUUGCAUAAGGGAAAAGCAAGGAGUGUCCAUGUGCAACAAUGGAGAAGGGUUCGUGAAGUUGGCACAUACGAGGUUGCCGGAUACUUCAACAGCACAUGCGGACAUGAGUUUGAGUAUGAAAGAGUGUGAGCAAAAGUGUUUGAGGAAUUGUUCUUGUAUGGCUUACGCAAGUGCAAAUGGGAGUGAGGGAGGUAUUGGUUGCUUGACAUGGCAUGGGGACUUGGUGGACACAAGAAUAUUUCCUGAUUUAGGACAAGAUUUAUACAUACGUGUGGAUGCGGUUGUAUUAGCUCAAUAUGCUAAGAAAAAUGGUCUUACUCAGAAAAAGAAGACGCUGGCAAUUUUGGGAGUUUCUGUUGCUGUAAUGUUUCUUCUUAUGGUCUCAAUUGUGUAUUGUUUUGUAAUGAAGAAGAAGAAAGAGAAGAGGCAUAACACAUAUUCAUAUAGUGCUGACUCCACUUUACAAUACUUCGAAGACUCUCCAAGUAAAAGGGACCUCGAUGGAACUAGAAGAAAUUCAAAUUUGCCAUUAUUUGAUCUAAGAACCAUUAUUGCAGCUACAGAUAACUUCUCUAUUGCUAACAAGCUUGGCCAAGGUGGUUUUGGCCCAGUUUAUAAGGGUUUGCUACAAAAUGGAAAGGAGAUAGCAGUAAAAAGACUAUCAAAAUUCUCUGGACAAGGAAUAGAACAAUUCAAAAUGGAAUCUGCACUAAUUGCUAAACUCCAACAUAUAAACCUUGUGAGAAUUUUAGGUUGUUGCAUUCAUAAAGAAGAGAAGAUGUUGAUCUAUGAGUACUUGCCAAAUAAAAGUUUGGACUUUUUCAUUUUUGAUGAAACAAAAAGGUCAUGUUUGGAUUGGGAAAAGCGAUUUGAAAUUAUAUGUGGAAUUGGUCGAGGGAUCUUAUAUCUUCAUCAAGACUCAAGAUUAAGAAUUAUCCAUAGAGAUUUAAAGGCUAGCAAUGUUCUACUUGAUAAUGCAUUGAAUCCAAAAAUUUCAGAUUUUGGUUUGGCCAGAAUUGUUGGAGGGGACCAAAUUGAAGCUGAUACAAAUUGCAUCGCUGGAACAUAUGGUUACAUGUCACCUGAGUAUGCAAUGCAAGGACAUUUUUCAAUAAAGUCUGAUGUAUAUAGCUUUGGGGUAUUGCUACUGGAGAUCAUUACUGGGAAAAGGAAUGGUACUUACCAUCAUGAUGGCCCUUCCUCAAAUUUGAUUGGACAUGUUUGGGAUCUAUGGAGAGAAGACAAUUCCAUGAAAAUAGUCGACCCAUUACUAGAUGAGACCUACCCUGCUAAUGAAGUUUCAAGAUGCAUUCAAAUUGGAAUUUUGUGUGUGCAAGAACAGGCAAUAGACCGGCCAACCAUGUCAACUAUUGUUUUCAUGUUGGGUAAUGACACUCCUCUUCCUUCUCCAAAACAACCUGCAUUUAUUUUGAAGGGUACUUACAAUAGUACAGACAGAUCAACUAGUGCAGCAUCUAAUUCUAUAAAUGAAAUAACACUUUCUAAAAUUGACGGUCGUUAAAACCCCAAACUAUUUGAAGCAAGUGUACAAAUAUUCCAUUACAACAUAGGAUCGAGUUACUCUAAGGGCAUGUUUGGUAGACUGUAAUAGGCGUUGUAAUGUAAUAGUUAUUCCUAUGGUUUAGUUAUCCUUUAGUUUGGUUAUGUUUUUAUUAUAAGGAAUAAUCAUUCCUUAUGAAUAACUAUUCUUCAAAAUGAGGAAUAACUAUUCCUUUUUAAAAGGUUGUAUUAGCUAUUCCUUAGUAAAUGCAAUCAUUUCAAAACUUAAUAUAUUUUCAAAUAUACAAACUUUCCAUAUACAUCUAACAAUUAUAAAAAUAAAAAAUCAUAAAAAAUAAUACAUAUCUCUCUUAAAUUUAAAAAUAACAAUUUUUAAGGAGAUAUAAUUGUAUGAGUAAGAAAUUUCCUAAAAUAAAUGUUAAGUUUCAUUCUAAUGUUAUACCUCACAACAAACUAAUGAAUAGGUUUAGUUAUUACAUUACAAAAAAUUUUAUUCCUAGUAAUAAAUAUUACAAUUUCUGUCGUAAUCCUCAUUCAGUGUACCAAACGUACCCUAAGUCUACUCUACAUUACUAUUUUUUUUUUUUUUUGGUAUGAACAAUUGAACAUAAUGUAUGCACUGUAAAAUUAUUACAAAAAAAAAGAUAAUAUAUAAUAUUACACAAACUAUUAUUGUCCAGAACUUGUGAUGAAAUCACUACCAUCUCCUUUAGCUUUUUCUUUCAAGUGGUUUCUGAAAUUAAUAUACAAAAAGUUAAUUGCGUAUAAUGUUCCGUGGAGAUAACUUCAUUGGUUUUCAGAACAAGAUGUCCAAAGUUACAAAGAUCUUUUCUUUUGGUGUGAAAUUUACCAAGUUUAACCAUGAAGAUUUAAAAGAGGAAUGCUGAAUGCAUAAUACUGGAAUUUAAUUUGGAUUUCAGGGUGUUUUACUAAAAAUGGAACCAUUGUAUUUAUGAAUUGUGCCAAGCCUAUUGAUAUGCUUGGGUAUGGCUAAUAUUUUUAACUUAAAGAACACUUCAACCAAGACAAUAUUACAAAAUAAGAUAGAGCAAUAGUUUAUAACUUUGAUGGCAAAUCCUCUUGUACAGCAAGGAGAAGUGUGAAAAAAUGGGUGACAAAAAAUUGUAAUCAUUUCCUCAUUUUUGCUUAAAUUUGGUCCAAUUCUACUUUUGUGUUCACUUAUAUUUGUGAAGGUGCCUUAUAAAGAGUGUGUGAUUCUCUCCUUGAAGUUCAACUGAAAAAAAAAAAAAAAAAAGAA